AUGCGCCACAGCCUCACCCAGCUGCUGGCGGCCUCGCCGGGCCCAGGUUGCUCCCGGGAGCCGGCCGCGGCCUUCUCCCUCCCCCGCGAGGGAAGCGGCGGCAGCUCGGCGGAGACGGGCGACGAGGCGGAGCGGCUGCCGAUGGACGACGAGGCCGAGCUGCUCUUCCCGGGCUUGGAGCUGGACGCGUGGCUGGAGGAGGCGUGGGCCGAGCCGCGGAGCCCGGAGGUGGCCGAGCCGCCUUCGGGCCGAGCGGGGAGCAGCGGCAGCCGCCUGAAAGCGGCCGAGGCGGCGCGCCUGAACCGCCAGCGGAAGAAGCAGUACGUGCAAGGCCUGGAGAGCCGCCUGCAAGGCCUGGCCGCCGAGAACCGCCAGCUGCGCGACCGCAACCGGGGCCUGUGCCGCCGCCUGCGCCACCUCGAGCGGGAGACCGGCUACCUGCGCGCCGUGCUGGCCAACCAGAGCGCCCUGGGACGCCUCUUGAGCCGCCUGGCCGGCCACGGCAGGGUCGGCCUGAGGGUCGCCAGCGGCCUCUGGGGGGAAGACGAGGCGGAAGACGCCGAUCUGCAGUGGGGCCAGCCCUGCGGGGAAAGCGGCGGCGGCGACCACGACUACGCCCUGCCGGUGCCGCGGGAAGAAGGAGAAGACGACGCCCGCCCGCCCCGCCGCGAUGGGGCGGCCUCCUCCCCCAGCCCCGCGGGCCUCUGCCUCCACGUGGACCGCGACCAGGUGUCGGUGGAGUUCUGCUCCGUUUGCUCCAGGAGGGCGGCCGCCGCUGCCCCUGCCCCUUCCCCUUCCUUCGCCGCCAAAAUGUAGGGUCAAGUAUUCCGCCUUUCCUUCCUAGCCUGCGGAGAACGGAUUCUGUGGGGUGCCGGCCAGAGGAUCGUCCCAGGGGGGUGUGCUUUAGUGGAGGAGGCAGUCAGAGGAUGAAGAGAGAAAGAAAGAAAAAAGAGACAGAAACGGGGGGAAAAAAAAAAGAGGGGCAGGGUGUGGGGGAGAGAAGAGCAGAGGAAACUGGCAUGUCUCCUAGCCAAAGAGGGAAUGAAUGAAAUCAGCAGACCCUUUGUGUGUUGCAUGCGAUCAGACGUCCAUCCUCUGGGUGCCAUUGGGGAUUUUGGCAUAGGGUGUACAAAACGUGGUGUAACCGAGGACCUGCGAUCUGGCAGGCAUCAGAGCAUCUCCCGUGUUGACAUGAAGAUUGACCUAUUUGGAGACUGCUAGGGUUUCUUUAAAAUGUGGUCUGACUGGUUUUAUAAUGUCGGUUGCCAGUUUAAAAAAAAGAAAGAAAAAGGUCUAGCAGAUAAUACCGUAGGCUUAUUUCGUGGGAAGUUUGAGAAUGUAUAAUCGUCGACUACUUCGCUGGACAGACAUUAAUAGUCGUACCACUCAAUGCAGUUAAGGAAAAAAAAAGUGCAUGUGAAAAUUGUAACGCAUCUGUUAUACAUUACUAUUAAACCUCUCUUGACAGUUUCUUUUUUAGGUGCUUGCCCUGCCAGGCCCCGUUGUGUAGGGGUUAAAAGAACAGUCGUUUUCCACCUCGCAACCUGUGGAUACAGCUGUCUUGGGGGCAGAAGAAACGGGACCAGCUGCUGGCCACACUUCCUGCUUUAUUUUAAAAGGUAGUAUGAGAGAGAGAAAAAGGGAAAGGUAAAACAGGGCAUUUGCUAUCUUUCACUUAAAGAAAACAGACUAAUGUGAAUGUUUUGAGUAACUUAAAUCGCACUUACCCACAGAAAGUUGAUAACAGUAUUCAUGCGAAAAGUGGUAGUGUAAAAAUGCACAGGAGUAUUCAUGAUAUCUAAUUGGCUAAAUCGCUUGACUCAUUCAUUGUGAAGACACAACAGCACUAUACCUGCUCUUGAGUACAGUCACACUGGUUUCAGUGUGGCUUACCUCUCAAGUAUAUAUCUUUAGAACUACAGCUGGAAGGAGAUCUUAAAUCUGUCCGUCUCCUCCGUGACAUGGGCCUUCCUUGACAUUUGUGUCUGUUGUGGAAUUGUGCUAAUUUUCUGUCUCAAAACUCACUGUCCUUUGUAAAGGGCACCUAGUAUUCUUUUUCUGGUUGAAGAGUUUGCAACACUACAUACAGGAAUUUGCUGGUUCGUGUUUGUCUAGCGCAAACUCUGCUUGCUGUCGGCGAUCUUUUUAGAAGUCCUGUAGGUGGUCAUACUCCUGCUUGGAGAAUCUGAAUGGAGUGAAAAUAAAUACCAAGGAAGUCUUAAUUUUUGCUUUACUUGGUAUUCAGUUAAAUGUGGUUGCACGGUGCAAUAAACUGCAGUUGACAAUAUGCAGUCCCUCUUGGCAAUGCUCCUGCGUCUUCGCAUAGUUUUAUUUGUUAGCCGACGGCUAUAAGCCCUGGCUCGUGCAUGCCAUAAUUUGCUACACCCAUGCUGUACCGAACAGGGCUUCAGAAGAUGAUGCAUUUUUACAGUCACUUUUCGCAUGGAUGUUUGCCUAGUGUAAUAUUACUGUGAAAGUGGAAAUCCACUUCUCUCUCCUUUUGUAUGACUAAAAGUGUAUUGCUGAGCAAAAAUAUUCUGGGACUUAAUACUGUCCUCCACUUAGCAUGUGUGUCAUUGCCCCUUGAAAAAUACAUGUUUGCAUCCGAAUACUUGCUGAUUCUGCAGCAUGGCAAGUGACACAUUUACCUAAGAGGAAAACGCCCAGAAGUAUGACUGCAGGGAUUUUUAGUGCCUCUUGAAGCAUGUUUGAACCAGACAAACUGCAGAAAUUUUUUUUUCCCCUCCCAGCCCUUGCUUACUGGUUGGUGUAAUGUUGUUAAAACAUUUGUUCAACAAGUGAACCAUAUUUGGAAAAAAAUGUGUGAAUGUUGCUUUGUAAAUAGUUCUGCCACACUAAUGAGAACACAGCGUCCUAAUAAAACAAGGUGUGUUUAUCUUCUG